GCUAUGCCUUUAAAAAUAUAAAACUGUAUGCACUGUUUUUUUAAGUGUGUAAAGCGCAUGCUUGUUUUUCAAGCAACCAUUACAAAGAAGCAGUGUUGUAGGGACGGGCGCCGCUUCUAUAACAGCAAUUGAAAAGAAAAUUCGGGUGGUUAAUAAACAAACAAGACAAGCAGCACCAUGUACCGAAGGGGGGUGCUGCGCUGGGCAUGUUGUUAAGAUAGGACAGGCAUGCUUUAAAUGUGUCUGUCUAUUAUGUGUAAAGGAAACUAAUUCAAUAUGUGGCAAAGCGGCACAAUAAUACUAACGUUGCUUGCUUUGGCUCUUGCUGUGCCGGCGACAGCGAUGGUAGAAGUAACCACAAAUAGCAGUCAACAUGUUCCUCUAUUUCUAAGUAACACAAACAAACCAAGUGCAAACACGACAACUAGCAACAAAGUGCCUACGCCCAACAGCAAUGCCGCCUACAUGCAGCAGACACCUGCAAGCGUUUUCUUUGCCAACUACAACAACCAGCAAAAUGUAAUGCAAUUGGUGCGAAAUGUUGACGGCAAACUACGCAGCAUUCGAAAUGUGGAAAUGCAUGUAGCCAAAAUUCAAGAAAUCUUUGACUCAAUGCAUUUGACCAGCGGCGCAGCUGCCACUUCCUAUCGUCCGUCCAGCGCAUCUAACGGCAACAACGCUAGCCACAUCAACGACAGCAUUCAAAGCACAGUGCAGCUGCAACAUGAUCUGCAAUUGUUUAGCAAGCGCCUGAUCAAGAAGCUAGAAAAGGCCACUCAUAUUGUGCUAGAAUUACGCGAUUUAUUACGAGUCAAUCUGACCAAAGUUUUAGUGCAGCAACACGUUUACGAUGAUUUGGACGAAGAAGAGGACAGUGAGACCGAGCUCGAUUUCGAUAUGGAAGAUUUAAAUGGUAGCAGUAGCAAAACAAACACAGAGCAUAUGCAUUUAUAUUUGAACACACAUAUCGAGAACUGCCAAGCCGACUUUGAAGCGGUGUCAAUUAACUCUGGCAUGCAUUAUAACAAGCAGCAAAUACAAAUAUUAAACUAUCUAAAAUCGGAUGAUGCACGCGCUACUUUCCUUAAUGAGAACAAUGCGCGCUCCCUAGCCGCCAAUAGUUAUGUGACAGAGCAGUUAACACGGCUUAAGCAACGCCUUAUCCAAAAUGACGAACAGGAGAGUAAAACGAUGACUGGCACUCAUGUCAAGCAUUUGUACUUUUUAUCGAACAGCGAUGGUGCCCCGGCUGGUGCCCAAUUUCGUCAACUCUACGUAUCCGCCAUCAAACGCAAGUUCGUACUUCUGCUCAUCGACGUGGGAUCAGCAAUUAACGCGGAACUAUUUGAACUAAGCAAAAAUUUUGUAAACCAAUUGCUACAGCUGCUCGAUGAUAGCGACUACAUUGCAAUGGUUACGGUAUCUAGCGAAGUGGAUUAUAUGUUUCUGGACAAUUUUCCAGCCGAGGCCGCCUAUGGCAUCUACAGCGCAACACGCGCACACAAGGAGGAAAUAAUGAAUUACAUGAACAAUCUCAGUUUGGCAUCAGGGCGCGUCCUUACCAACCAUACCCUUGGCUUUGAGUACGCUUUUCAGCUGCUGCACCGUUUGCAGAAUUCCAGGCUCGUCGACAGCACACAACCUAUUGAAUUUAUAUAUAUAACGCGAGGCCUUCUGACCAAUCUCUCGGAUGCUAUGUAUGUUCUGCGUGCCGUGGCGCAGGGUCAGGCGCGUCUGCAGGCACCCGUAAUUAUCAAUACCUGUGCCGUGAUACUCGACGAGAAACGUAUCAUGUAUGAGAAACAGUUUCUCAGCGAUGUGGCCACCCAGAACUACACCAAGUACGAUAUUGAUGUGAGAGCCUGGCUGACAACAGGACAGCAGCUGGCAGGCCGAUUCUUUGUCCUUAACAAAAUGCAUCCUGAGACACUGCUGCGCGCCAGCACAAGGGUCUUCGGACAACUCUUCACCGAACGAUUUCUAAACGAUACUUUGGAGGUCCACGCGCCAGUUGUCGAUUCGGAGAGUAAAGAUGUAUUAGUCGCUGUCACGCAUGCCAUAGCUCCAUAUGGUGUGGUGGGUGUAAAUCUCUACCUCGAUGAUUUAAUAGAGGAUCUGCUCAACUAUCAGCCAGCUACGCCUAACAACAAGCAACCGCAAAACUAUGCUUUCUUGCUCGAUAGAAGCUCUGGCAAUACACUGGCCCAUCCCGCAUUUCCACGUCCGCUCAUUCAGCGACAGACUUCAUAUCCGGUGGACAUUUCCUAUCUGGAGAAUGCUACCGAUUUCGUGAAUAUACGGCAGCGUAUGCUGCGGGAAGACAACGGCAAUUUAACCACCAGCAUUUAUUUGGGACGACAGCUUUUGCAACGCAGCUAUCAUUGGAAGUCGGUGCUAGGCAUAUAUGUCAUAUGUCUGGUCAGCACUACAAACAUGCAGCAGCUACAAAUUACAGGCACCGGAAAUCUAGCGUAUAAUGCGUCAAACAAUAAAGCCCCGAUUACACUACCAUUAACGAUGCAGCGCUUCAACAUCAAAGAUUCGGCCUAUGAAUCAUACUAUGGCGAACUCAACAGUCAGAGCAUGGACUUGCUCUAUCAUCGUCUGGAUCUAACCAAGAGCGGGGGUAGUUCUCCAAAGACGUGUCGUUAUUUUCGACAAUUGGCCACACUAGAUGCACCCACAUUGUUUCUGAGCUCGGCCGCCUUUGAAUCGCCUUUUACCUUUCUGCACAACAAUCGUCCGCGCACCCAGCUGCGCAAUGUGGAAGCUAUCAUGGCCUAUUUGCGCGACCCCAGCGGUUUGUUGGCAAACCCCGGCCUUCGACCGCGGAUACGCCACGAGGUUAAUGUACUCUACCAGGCGAUGCAGCUUCUGUGGAGACGGCAUCAGGAUGGGCGUGGAGGUCUUCGUAGUUACAUAAUAAGACGCUAUAUUGCCAGCGUACAUGGCGUGCUUCAAAUCUAUCCUGGCUGCUUGCUGAGCAGCAACUAUGAUGCCACACGACGACCCUGGUUUCGUCAGGCACUGGCGCAACCCGGUAAACUUGUCAGCACUGCGCCUUAUUUGGAUGCCGGUGGAGCGGGUAAUAUUGUGACAAUAGCUCAUACAAUUUUCGAGGGCAAGGCUCAUGCCUUACACUCGGCAGAGCAGGAUGAGCCGCUGGCUAUAGUUGCCAUCGAUGUCCCCUAUGCAUUCUACUAUCGCAUCAUACUGGACACAACGCCGCUAUGCCAGCUGCCGCAUAUUAAGUGUCUCCUGUUCGAGCACGAAGGCUAUCUGUUGGCCCAUCCCAGCAUGUUGCAACCGGCUAUGCCGCGAAAUCUGCGGCGUCCACAUGAGCAUUUAACACAUAAAGAAUCAUAUCUGGCGAAUGAUAUGCUCAAUCACGCGACCCUUGUACGGAAGCUUGGCUGUGCCAGCUAUCAGAAUCGAACACUACAACGUUACUACGCGUUCAACACGUCCCUGACCGCCAUUUUAAGCAAUGUGGUGCACGGAGAGCGCACUAAAUACGCCAUUGCGUUGUUGCGUGGCAGCAAUCUCUUCGCCGCCUUCCUUAACUCCAGUUGCGAUGGCGGUGCCUUCUGUCCCUGCAGUACUAUUGACCGGGUGUGCCUCAAUUGUAAUCGCAUGGAUCAGACGGACUGCGAGUGUCCUUGCGAGUGUCCUAUGCUUGCUCCGGAAGCGUAUGCCAACUACACUCAACAAUUUCCUUAUUGCUCGCCACCGGGUGAGCACUUUGUGGCGCUCCCACCCACACCGGAGACGCUCAAUGCCUUGCCCAGCUGUGUGGCAAUUAGUUGCGAGGCGCACGCCACACAGGAGGAAUGCUUGGCCGUUAUGGGCUGUGAGUGGUGUCAGCAGGAUGUAGAGGGCAAUAGUUUUGGUGCCGCCUUUUGUACUGCACAAGCAGGUUGCUUCAACGGCAUGCUGGCCUCAUUGACGCCCUAUGGCGAGCUGGAUGAGUUGGAGUUGUUGGCCGCCCAGGGCUACAAUCCUCAACGAGACCAGCACGCUUACUCUGCUUUCGGGCCGCUGGGUGGGGCCAUUGUGGUUCUUGCUCUAGUCAUCGGUUUUGCCAUCUACUGCUAUCGCCACAAUCUGGAUACGCAAGAGCAGUUCUAUGUGGACUCUAUGCAGGAGGAAAACUACGGCCUGCCGCUCUCGCGUUUUAAUUUUGACGACUGUCAGGCGCACGAUGAACCUCCCCUGGGCUAUGAUCAUGCGAGCGCACAACGCCAGCUCAUGCAUCCGGCGGAUAUCUCGCCCUAUCACGUGUCGACUGGCAGCAGCUUCCGCCGACCUCCGAAUGGGGAGUCAGACAACGGCUACAGUACAAUGACACCGCACGAGGACAGCUCCGACCAGCAAUGUUUUACACUAGCGGAGCCGCUGCUGCUGCAUGACAAGCGGCACAGUCACAGCAAGUCGGACACUAUGUCCAUAUCGACAUCCAUAUCAAGUCCAACAAAUCGGCAACAGUCCUCGACGCAACCCAACACACAUCCGUAUCUGAGCAAUCAGUCGGCGUCGAAGACUGAGCGUUAUAAGCAGGCAACGCCCUCGCCUUGUCGUGGCAUGGUAUAUGGCCAGACGACGCUGGCAUUGUGCGCGGACGAGGAGCAGCGACCUCACUAUAUACUGGCCCCAGUCACUGUACAUCGGCAUAUGGAGACUGCCGAGUCGUAGCCCGGACCUAAGUUAUAAUGUUAAUUUUUAGUGUUUAUAUCCGCUUGUUUGCCAAUUAGUUUUAAAAGCAGUUCAACUGCCCUCCCAACGCUUUUUCCACACACAGUUUGAGCGGCACUGUGACCCAACGCAUCAGUUGACAUCAAUGUAAGAAGUAACCAAGAAAGCCAGCCAAUUAAUGUUAAAGUCGUUUAUUGUCCAUUUCUGCCAUUUUUAUCAUAUUUACUGUAAUUUAUUGCAAAAAGUAUUAUUAUGCAGUUACUUCCAAUAUGUUUAGAAUUUGUUUUAAGUCUAGCCUAUCUAGAAUUGUAAUAACUGAGCACUGUCUGUACUUACUUGCGUAUUUGUAUGUAUGUAUUUACGUAUGUACAUACAUUUAUUCAUUAACGUAUGUAUGUGUGUAGAUGCACUUGAGGUGAGGAGCGUAUAUGUAUACAUACCUUUUUGUAAUAGCGCCUAAGUCUUAAAGUUACUAACUACAAUUUUAGAACAUAACUUGUA